ACUAUCUGAAACCGAACCUUCUCUUUCAUUUCCUCUCACUUUUCUCUCUCUAACCCGCCGUCACUAAUCAUUACAAUUUCCGAUGGGUUUUCCGGUGGGUUACGCCGAAAUAUUCUUCCCAAACCUAUUUCUUCACACUUUAACUCUCCUUGGACUUCUCCGAAACCUCGUCUUCUUCCUCUUCCACUUCCUCGGCCUCUCCGAUUUCCUCGAAACCGACACUGUCUGGCCUCACAACGGAGAAACUACUCAAACACAAGAACCUUCGAAGACACCCUCCGUGUCGGCGGUUCUGAUCCGGGAGCUUUUACCGGCGAUGAAAUACGGUGAUCUUGCCGGCGGAGUUGAAGAAGGUUGUUGUUGUGCUGUUUGUUUGUUUGAAUUCUCCGAGGAAGAAGAGAUCCGGUGUUUGAGAAACUGUCGACAUAUUUUUCAUCGGAAUUGUGUCGACCGUUGGAUUGAUCUUGAUAUGAAAACUUGUCCUCUUUGUAGAACUGGUUUUGUUCCUGAUGAUAUGAUGGAUGAUUAUAAUCAACGUUUAUGGGUUGCUUCUGGUGUUAGUGAGUUUUAUAGUUAUGCAGAUUAUACUUCUUCUUUUUAAUUAACCUUUUUAUUUUUAUUUUUUUAGAUUUUUCUUCUUAUUUUGGGUGGGGAUUGUAGAAUUAUUAUUAUGAUCGAUGAAAUGUAUAUAACAAAACAAAAACAAAGAAAAAAAGAAAAAGAAAUUUUGCACCACUACAUACUAUUUUUAUUGAUAAUUGUUGUUUUAUGUUCAUCCUCCACAUGCACUUUCUUGUGUAUUAUUGAGCGUGUUUGGAGUUGAUUGUAGGACUAUUUUUGGAUUGGUGGUGCAUAACGGAGCGGAAUAGAAUAAUAUGGAGUGGAGUGGGACGAAAUGAAACAGAAAUACCACUCCAUGGUUUGGAAAGUAAACGAAAUUGAAUGAAUUAUAACAAUUUUAUUCCAA